UUUAAGCUCCACCCAUCCGGCGAUCUUCUGUGGUGAAAUCGAGCGUACCCGGGAGGCGUGACUACAGUUUUCUUUCAGUUUCAGUCGGGAUAAGGGCUCAUCUGUUACACACAGGUUGUCUCUACACAUACAAGAGAGAGCUACAGUGAAACUGUCCCAGUCUUUAAACGCUUAUCAUCAGAGGUACGAUGAACUGCUGUGGUCUACUAACUGCCCAGAAGGAACCAGUUCCUCUGAAGAGCAUCGAGGUGGAGCUGGAGGUCAGGGACCAUGUGGCUACGGUGGUCUCCACCCUGACCUACGAGAACAAGGAGGACAAACCAGUAGAGGCUGUUUUUGUCUUCCCUCUGCCUGGAGAUGCUGCUGUCUGUCAUUUCAGUGCUAAGAUUGGACAGACACAGAUUGUAGCUGAGGUGAAGGAGAAACAGCAGGCUCGUGAGGAGUAUGAUGAUGCGCUGAGCUCUGGUCAGCAGGCCUUCCUGUUGGAGGAGAGUGAGCAGAGUCCAGAUAUAUUCACCCUGAGUGUGGGCAGUCUGCCUCCAGGAGAGAGUGCCUCCAUCAAGCUGGAGUACGUCACUGAGCUGGCUGUUCAGGCUGAUGACGGGCUGAGGUUUUGUCUGCCUGCUGUGCUCAACCCUCGCUGCCAACCUCAGGGAAGUGGAGGUAGUGAAGGUGCCAGUGUCCAGGUGACUUCUGUUCCAGCCUCUCUGGUUCCCUACAGUCUGUCUUUUUCCGCCCGAGUGUCCUCUCCUCGUCCAGUCUCUAAAGUAGAGUCCAACUGUUCCCUGGACCCUCUCCAGCACCUCAACACAGAGCAGACCCAGGCCACGGCGAAGUUGGCUGCAGGACACAAGUUUGACAGAGGUGUUGAACUGUUGAUUUAUUACAAAGAUGCCCACCAGCCCACUGCUGUGGUGGAGGCAGGACAGACCACAGCCAAGACUGGCACUCUGAUGGGUGAUCCAGUUGUGAUGCUGAGUCUGUACCCUGAGUUCCCCCAGUCUGUGAUGUCUUCAGUGGCUUCAUGUGGAGAGUUUGUGUUCUUAUUGGAUCGAUCUGGGAGUAUGGAUUGUCCUACCGAUGACAGCAUGCAGGAAGCAACUCGCAUUUGCAGUGCCAGGGAUACUCUGCUGCUCCUGUUGAAGAGCUUACCAAUGGGCUGCUAUUUCAACAUCUACAGUUUUGGUGAUACCUAUGAAUACAUCUUCCCAAAGAGUGUGGAGUACUGUGAGAAGACCUUGGAAGAGGCUGUGAAGAAAGUGGAAGAGAUGGCUGCUGAUCUGGGAGGAACAGAGAUCCUUGACUCUCUCAAGCACAUUUAUAGCCAGCCCUGCAUUCCCAAUCAACCUAGACAACUCUUUGUCUUUACUGACGGCGAGGUGUUCAACACCAAAGAAGUGAUAAAUCUGGUGAAGACAAAUUCAGGUUCCCACAGGUGUUUCUCCUUUGGGAUUGGGGAAGGGGCCAGCUCUGCUCUUAUCAAUGGGUUGGCCAAGGAAGGAGGCGGUCAUGCCCAGUUCAUCACAGGAACUGACAGGAUGCAACCUAAAGUGAUGCAGUCGCUGCGAUUUGCUCUGCAGCCAGCUGUGGAGGAUAUCUCAGUCACAUGGGAUUUACCAAAAGGAGUGUCUGUCACUGUUCUCUCUCCACCAAUCACAGCAGUUUUCCAGGGUCAAAGGUCACUGCUUUAUGCCCAGCUCACUGGGCAGAGUUCAGAGGCAUCAGAAGGCUCUGUGAUGGUGAAGUACAGUCUGGCAGGUCAUCCCUCUCAGAGCCAGCUCCACUUCAGUCUCAAACCUGCAGAGGACACUGGAUUAACAGUCCACAGGUUGGGUGCUCGGACUCUGAUUCGCUCCCUGGAGAUGGAGGAGAAAGACGAUGAGGCACCACAAGAUGAAGGAGUGAAGGAGAGGGUGGUGGAGCUCAGUGUCCAAUCAGGAGUGAGCAGUUCCUACACUGCCUUCAUUGUUGUCCACAAAGGCAAUGGCAAGCCGAUUGAAGGACCUCUGGUGCGCAGAAAUAUUCCAACAUCCAUACUUGGUGGGAUGAUGUAUUCUCAAUGCUGUGCAAUAUCUGUUCUAAAUGACAUUAUGGUUUCUGAGGACAGCUUAACAUGUGAAGAUGUUGAUGACUGUGAACCGAUGUGGCGUAACAAAGUUGAUGAUGAGUAUUGCUUAUCAGAUGCAUCUGAAGAAUGCAGAAGGAUUUCCAGUGACGAAGAUGUAGAUGGUUCUCCCCUAGCGUGUCUUGGAAACGUUGAAGCCCCCACGAUCAAGAAGCCACCCAGAGACCCUUUGCUUCAGUUGGUUUCCCUGCAGAAGGCAUCUGGCUACUGGCUGCUCAAUCCAGCCCUGGCUGCCGCACUGGGAAAGACCAGCGAGGAGGUGGACAAAACAAAACCUCCGGCUGUGAACCAGGAAAUGUGGGCCACCAUUCUGGCUCUGAUUUGGCUUCAUGCUUUCAAGAUGGAUGCUAAGGAAGAGUGGGAGCUUCUGGCUAUGAAGGCUGUGUCAUGGCUCCAUGCUCAGAAUGCACCAUGUGUGGCAGAGUGUGUGGAAGCUGGAAAAGCACUGUUGGGUUGUGAGGUACAGAAAGAUUUCCUGGGGCUCUGAGGUCUUUAUUAAACUGGCUUCUCCUUCAGGAUCGCUGCACAGAAGCAGAUUUAUUUCAACCUACAACCUUAACAUUGCACGUUACUCUUUGAACUAUAUGUAAUGCUCUAUGCUUCAUCUGUUCAGGAUCAACCAUGUAACAAGACAUAGAUCUUCUGUUUUGUGCCUUAAAUGUUGCCUUGUAUCGGAAACUGUUUCACUCACAAACAUUAAACUUGAAUC